GUGUCUGCCACACCCGAGAGGCCACUGAGGAAUCCACUGCCGUUAGUGUCCGAAGUGCGGCCAAAUGUAGAACUCUCCUGGCGCGGGACGGAGGACAUACCAAACAAGCUACUGCUGCCUCCACCUCCAUCCCCUCCUCCUCCACCCCCAGAGGAACUGGUCGGCGAACUAAUCGAGGGCGACCGCAUGUUAUUAGCCGCAGCCAUGACAGCGGCAAUCGCAGCGGGAUAG